GGAGCGCAACUAAACCUUCGGUGGUCCUCAAGGAUUAUUAGAAGCUGGCUCAACAACGAAAGUCACAGAACGAGCAGAAUAUACGGGAAAGAAAUAAACCCUUGCAGUUAACUUGAAAGUCAACAUUACUAUCAGAAAAACCGGCACAUCUCAUUUGAAUUUAUCAGCACAAUAUAUGGAAAACUAUUCAAAAUCCCCUCUCAGCUGAUGGUAACUCAAUAACUGACUAGGAGAAGUUAACGGGACUGGAGGCUGCAACUUUGCCACGCUUUCUUUAAUUUGGAAAACCAUUCAAGGGGCCUAUAAAUGCAACGCUGUUUAAUUUAUGAGAAGACAAUGGCACCAGAGACAAGGAAUGGAGGAAGCUCUUCCCGGAAUAACAACAACUGUAAAGACAACAGCAGGAGAAAGUUGCUGGUCGGUAUGGAUCUCGUCUGCUUGUUUUUAGCCGGCCUGCCUUUCCUGAUCAUAGAGACUAGUGCUGUACAGCCCUACCACCGAGGCUUUUACUGCAACGAUGAGUCCAUCAAGUACGCGGCCAAACAUGGAGACACCAUAAGCGACGCUGUGCUUUCUGCUGCUGGCAUUCUUAUCACCAUCCUUUCUAUCGUCAUUGGGGAGAGCUAUAGGAUUCACUACCUGAACGAGGGCUCCAAGUCCUUCGUAGGGAACCCCUACAUCUCCGCCCUCUACAAGCAGGUGGGCGUGUUCAUCUUUGGCUGCGCAGUCAGCCAAUCGUUCACGGACAUCGCCAAGGUAUCGGUGGGCCGCAUGCGACCCCACUUCCUGGACGUGUGCAAGCCCGAUUGGUCCACCAUUAACUGUUCCCUGGGCUACAUCACAGACUACCAGUGUCAUGGGCCCGAGAGCAAAGUCCAGGAGGCCAGGAAGUCGUUCUUCUCUGGCCAUGCAUCCUUUUCCAUGUACACCAUGCUGUAUCUGGUGUUCUACCUGCAGUCCAGGUUCACCUGGCGUGGAGCCCGUCUCCUGCGCCCCCUGACCCAGUUCACACUCAUCAUGAUGUCUUUCUACACCGGCCUGUCCCGCGUCUCCGACCACAAGCACCACCCCACAGACGUCCUGGCUGGCUUCGCACAGGGAGCCUUGGUGUCCUACUGCAUAGUGUUUUUCGUAUCUGACCUGUUCAAGCCCAGAGGCAGGAGUUCAGCUCUACCAGUGACGCCAGUAAAGAACCCCACCAACCCAAUGACAGACAUCAGAGAGAGGAGCAACCACCUCACCAUGGCAUAGUACAGACCACUAGAGUACAGCUACCUACCGCUGUAGGUUUUAAAGAUCACUUACAUCACCUACUGGUCUGUACUGGAUACAUUCAACCACCAGCCAAAGCAACAAGACUGAAAACUGACAUGUCUGUAAGGCACAGAGAAAUAAUAAACUGGAAAACAUUUGAAAACAGAGGAGAGUUGUACACACACACACACACACACACGCACGCACGCACGCACGCACGCACGCACGCACGCACGCACGCACGCACGCACGCACGCACACACACACACACACACACACACACGUUGUGCCUUCUGAACAGCCAGCAACGCCGAUGUUGCUCACCAUCUCAUCUGACAUGUGAAUGUGGAAGAACGUGGGGAGCACGGCUCUUAAUUCUUAUCCGGAGAACUCUGUUUCUCAUUCGUGCUUUCAUUAGUGAAGGUCUCCAUGGAACCUGCUGCUCUACAGAUUGACUUGGUCUGGUAACUUCAGGCAACAUGGAUUCAGGCUCAUAAUUCUGCCUAUGACAGAAACACAUGAACAGAAACAAAUUCCUUGAUUACAGGAAGGAUGUUUAUUUUAUGAAUAAUCUUUGUUAUAUAGUCAAGCUAUAGCACUAUAUCCAAACUCGAUAUUUGAUUUGAUUGUCACCACUUGAAUGAACUGAAGUGAAGCUUUUUUGUAAAGCUUUGUAUUAAAAUCAGCUUUUAGGUCUCCUGAAAUGUAGUUUGUAUAGAAGUGUAGUUAUAGGUGAUGGAGGUGUAGUGGUGUAUACAGUAGAUAGACAGGUGGGUUUCUUUCUGCUGGUUGGGACGAGCCUCCACUGAGCCCUGUAAUGAAAUAACUGUGUGUGUGCCAGAUGGCUACUCACAAGUGUUAGGACAGAGUGACUGUGAGUGUGAGUGUGUGUGUGUGUGUGCACUGCCAUGAGUGUGUGUGUAUGUGCGUGUCUGUCAUGUGCCAGUAUCUGAAUGUCAUGUCUAUAUUUGAGUGAGUUGGUGUGUCUUGUCAUACAUGCUUCAGGUUGAAGAUCGGGAGCAUGAGGCUGCUUCAACAGACGUUUAUAUUAAAAACAGGAAAACUGUGGAAUUACACUUUCUUAUAGCUUUGUGAUACAUUUUGUAAUGACUCACAUAUACUGUGCCAACUGCACCAACAACAAAAAGAAGCCCAUCUCUGUGACAACGUAGUAUAUCCUGUCCUUUCAUGUCAUUUCAACCACACAGCAAUAUCUGUUUUAUUUUUUUAGAUAAUUUAUGUAUCAGAGAAUUAUGUACAAUAUCAUUUAUCUACCUUUUCAUGAAAUAUCCACUAUGAAUUUUGACGUGUCGAUGCCUGUGUAAUUGUGCUGUAUUAACAAGCAAUGAUUGCCAGAAGUAAUUUAGUGAAAUUACAACUUUUGUGAGUAUUCAAACUUUGUAAAAUAGCUUUUUUUAAAGAAAGCUUCAAUACAUUUACAGUGAUCCCUCGCCACUUCGCGGUUCACUUAUCGCGGAUUCGCUAUUUCGCGGAUUUUCAUAAUGCAUUUUU